CUGCAACAUUCACAGGCCUGGCCCCUUGUAUUUCUCUGACAACUCCAAGCUCGCUCUCCUCCCUCCAGCCAUGAUCACCAGACAGCAGUGUGUCCGAGGCGGGUCCCGGGGCUUUAGCUGUGGCUCAGCUGUCGUCGGUGGGGGCAAGAGGGCUGCAUUCAGCUCAGUGUCCAUGUUUGGGGGCACGGGCCGCUGCUCCUCUGGAGGCUUCGGCAGCAGGAGCCUCUACAACCUUGGGGGGAGGAAGAGCAUCGCCAUCAGCAUGGCUGGGUCCCGACAAGGCGCUGGCUUUGGGGCUGCUGGAGGUUUUGGUGCCGGCAGCUUUGGUAGUGGAUUUGGGGGUUCCUUCAGUGGACGGGGUGGUCCUGCCUUCCCCGCCUGUCCUGCUGGUGGGAUUCAGGAGGUCACCACCAACCAGAGCCUGCUGACCCCACUCCACGUGGAGAUCGACCCUGAGAUCCAGAAGGUCCGGACUGAGGAGCGGGAGCAGAUCAAGACCCUCAACAACAAGUUUGCCUCCUUCAUCGACAAGGUGCGGUUCUUGGAGCAACAGAAUAAGGUCUUGGAGACCAAGUGGAACCUCCUCCAGCAGCAGACGACCACCACAUCCAGCAAAAACCUUGAGCCUCUCUUUGAGGCCUACAUCAGUGCCCUGAGAAAGCAGUUGGAUACCUUGGUCAGUGACAAAGGACGCCUGCAGUCUGAGCUGAAGACCACACAGGACAGUGUGGAGGACUUCAAGACCAAGUAUGAAGAUGAGAUCAACAAGCGCACAGCUGCAGAGAAUGACUUUGUGGUCCUCAAGAAGGAUGUGGACGCCGCCUACAUGAACAAGGUGGAUUUGGAGGCCAAGGUGGAUGCUCUGAACGAUGAGAUCAACUUCUUGAGGGUCCUCUUUGCUGCGGAGCUGUCCCAGAUGCAGAGGCAUGUCUCAGACACAUCCGUGGUCCUGUCCAUGGACAACAACCGGGACCUGGACCUGGAUAGCAUCAUUGCUGAGGUCCGUGCCCAGUAUGAGGAGAUUGCCCAGAAGAGCAAGGCUGAGGCUGAGGCCCUGUACCAGACCAAGGUCCAACAACUCCAGAUCUCCGUUGACCAACAUGGUGACAACCUGAAGAAUACCAAAAGUGAGAUCUCAGAGCUCAACAGGUUGAUCCAGAGGCUGCGGGCUGAGAUUGAGAAUGUCAAGAAGCAGUGCCAGACUCUGCAAGCAUCUGUGGCUGAUGCAGAGCAGCGUGGGGAGCUGGCCCUCAAAGAUGCCUACAGCAAGUACACAGAGCUGGAGGCUGCCCUGCAGAAGGCCAAGGAGGACCUGGCCCGGAUGCUGCGCGAGUACCAGGAGCUCCUGAGUGUGAAGCUGGCCCUGGAUGUGGAGAUCGCCACCUACCGCAAGCUGCUGGAGGGCGAGGAGUGCAGAAUGUCUGGAGAAUGCCAGAGUGCCAUGAGCAUCUCCGUGUUUGGUGGAGGCACUGGUGCUGGGGGUAUCAGCGGAGGAUUAGGAAGCUGCUCUGGGUUUGGCCUGGGCAGUGGCUUUGGCUCUGGCUCCGGAAGUGGCUUUGGGUUUGGUGGCGGUGUUUGUGGCAGUUCUGGCAGCAAGAUCAUCUCCACCACCAUGACCAAGAGAUCCCACCGAUAGAGGAGACAAGGUCCCUGCCGCCCCCGAGCCCAGCUGGGCCCAGCCCUGGUGUCUUCUGUGCUUCCUUCACCUCUGCCUCUACCCUCCCUCUCUGGGAUUCAUCUUACCAGUGUCACCCCAGUGUGGACUCUGCCCUCUUGGAGUUUGGUAGCUUCUUCUCGAUUUGGGCCUGGUGGCCCCCCUGGAAUGGGAGGGGUGUCAACUGACUCUUUGCCUCCCAUGGGCAGAGGAGACCACAAACAGGAGCUUCAUCUACAGAAUCAUCAGGGUCAUGUAUGUCCCCUCCCAGCCCAGGAUCCCCAUAUCCCUCUACAUCAGGACCAAACUCCUCUGUCACUUGGCAGCAACUGGCCCUGCAAGGUCAGGACAAGAAUCACUCAGUGUCUCAUCCACCCCUUCUUCUUCCCUCUAACCAUCUUUGGGUGAAUCCUUAAUAAAACGCUUUUAUCAUUCA